GCACUGGCCGAAGCACUCAAUCCUGACAGCUGGCCGGGCCUCAAGACGCUCAGCUUGGCCGCUUGCAGCAUCGGAGACGCUGGAUGCCAAGCUCUGAUGGCCGCGGCCCGUGACUACCAGGUAUUGACAUCUCUGGAUUUGUCCUGCAACUCCAUUACGGAUGACUCCGCUCCUGCAGUGUCUUUGGUGCUUGCUCAGCCUAAGUCUGCUUUGGAGUGCUUGUCUCUCUCCAUGAACUUGCUCAGCUCGUUUGGCAUCUCGCAGCUCAUGGACGGUGUUGCCAGCAACAUUGAGGGUGCCUUGUGCCAGAUCGAUGUGUCAACCCAGGAUGGUGGCCAAGGGAAGACCAGCUUCGUGGCAACCGAUGCGUUGAGCUACUCCGCCUUCAUGCAGGUAAAGUCCAAGUUUCAAGGCCUACGCUGA